AUGGUGAGCGAUUGCAAUUGGCGUCUGGAGGCCAUUUCAAAGGCGGCCAAAAACAUCAAGAAAACAUCGUUUGUGUUAAAAACGGGCGAAAAUACGGUGGGAAAAAAGAAAGGCAUUCACAUCCGUAUUCCGUCAGUGUUGUGUAGUCGUGAACACUGUACCAUUUUCCUUGAUGGCGACAAAGUCACGCUCAAAGACACGUCACGAAAUGGAACGUACAUAACCUAUCCGAAAGAAACGAAACAUUACACGGAUACGACAGCUGAAAAACCACUUGAACAGAAUGACAUGAUCAGUUUUGGAUUCAAUACCGCCUCCGUGUACGAUGUCAACGAUCGAAAUGCGUUCAUUUAUCGGCUGGUGAAGGAGCAAAUCGAAACCAUUGACAUCGACGACAGCGAUGAUGACGACGCUCCGGCACCAACCAAGGGAAAAAUCAUCGAAAUUACCAACAAAGUCAUUGACAUUGAUUCCGACUCGGAUUCCAAUUACUCUGGCGACGAAUGUUUCCAGAACAUUGAGGAAAUGGAAGAAGAAGAAAGUAGCAGCUCAAGUUGCAUGAUUGAAGAUGACGUCAGCUAUUCUGAUGACUACAGCGAAUCGUCCGAUUCGCUGGAAAGUGGGGAGGAGAGUUUUGUCGUUACCAAAUCCAUCAUCAAGUGCGCCACACCAACUGAAACAAUUGCAUUGGACGAAGACGAUGAUGAAGUACCUGAAGUGAUUGAAGAAAAACCAACACAAUCGGAAGAAAGCAAAGUGGCCAAUGGCACCGUUGAUGAGCCGUCGACAUCAGAAACGGGUGGAAAAGAGGCAAAGUCGAAGGAAGAAGACGUUACAACCACAGAAACUGAAGCAAAAUCGGAAGAAAAAGACGCCAAAUCUGCGGAAAAUGAAGCAGAACCGAAGAAAGAAGACGUCAAGUCCACAGAAAAUGUCACAGAAUCGGCUCAUAAGGAUAAACCAUCAGCAGAAAAUGAUGCAAAAUCUGAAACCGACCAAAAAUCCGAAAAUGAAACUGAAACAAAAGACGAUAAAACGUCCGACACCACGCAAAAAUCUUCGAUCGAAAGCGAAAACAAUGUGGGAGCCAGCACAAGUAAAGUCGCAGAAAAAGCAGCUCGUUUGGAAAGAUUGCGUCGCAAUUUGGCUGAAAAGGCGCCGAAACAGGUGUCUUACACAAAGGCACAACCGCUACGAAAGCGUCGCCAAACGAUCAGCGAGGAUGAAUACAAUCAGCGAAAACUGGCCAAGAAGCUGGACAGUGAAACGGCCAAGCGAAUUCGACACGAAAGACUGGCCAAAAUUGGGGAAAAGGAAAAGGCAAAACGUGAUGAAGCCGCCGAAAUUGCAGCCAACACAAUCCGCGUAACAACGGCUCCAAAGGUGAAAAAUAUCAUUUCCCGCGGCGAACAACUCCUCACCGAUAUGUUGGCACUCAAUCCGACUAAUACAUAAGUCGCUUUUUUGUUGAAUCAAAUAUUUCUAGCUCUUACGGAAUUUUUAAGCUAAUAUGGUUAAGCUUAAGCUCUAAAGAUAAAUCAAAUUUCAAACACUCACCAACAACAACAGUAGAUUGUUUACUUACUGUUUUCGUAAUUUUCGUAGCUUGUAAUGUCGAUUAAAUAUUUAGUAGACUGGUUAGGACAACAUUUCCAUUCUUUAAAUCUAGCAAUCAAACAUUUAUGAAAUAAAAUGAGCAAAUUUGGAAAUAUGAAAUAA